AUGUCAACCAUACCCGCACGAACGCGAUCACUGCGCAAGCCCUCAGAAAUUGGGAGCAAAUAUGGCUCUUCCAAUGGCAAAACGACACCUGCAGAAGUUCCCGAGAGGAGUACAACUACCCGCUCUUCAGCGGGUGAAACUAGUCGACUUCCAACCGUGAGAACAAGACCUACAUCGCUAUACGGACGACCUCCCCCAAGUGCCAGUGCCGGUACCAAUGGCAUAGCGACCAAAUCUUCUAUACGUACCCCGACUUCAAUAUCGGGUAGACCUGCUUCAAUUGAUCUAUCGAGACGUCUAUCAACCACCAAGUCUGCGGCACCUCCUUCAAACGCAGAACCAAUCAAGAAAGACCGCUCAAGACCUCCCGUAACGCAGAUACGCCAUCUCAGAAACUCUUCCACGAAUUCCGUUUCUCCCUCGGCAUCCCCAGCAUCCUCAACAUCAAGAAUAUCAGCUCACACCCGUACCAAAUCCCUCUUGACAUCCUCCUCCACCGCUCUUCGGCCCCCAGCAACACGCGAACCCUUAGCAGAACCCGCCACAACCCGAGUCCUACGCUCCGAAUCACAACCCAAGAAACCCUCCUUCUCAACCCUCCAACAACAUUUCUCCCCCGCCAAGAACCUAGCUCCAAAACCUCAUCCGGCAUCCUUUCUCGCCCCGCCGUCGCCCAGUAAACUCCCCUCCAACAUCGCCAUCUCAGCCGAGACCGCAAAACUACAGAACGAGUUACUGCAAUUACAUCUACUGCACAAAGACGCAGGGGCCGUCACAGAAGAAUGGAAAGCUAGCGCGAAGAAGAAACUAGGGACGCGAUUUCAAGAUGUGGUACGACGGAAUGAUGAACUUAUGCAAUCAGAGGUCGAUGAAACGGGGAAGAUAAAUGCUGUUGCUUUGAGGAAGUGGAAGGAGGAGGGUUCACCUGGGUGGGGACUAGAUGAGAAAAUCCAGGUACUGGAUGAAGUCGUGAACGGCGUAUGGAAUCUAGGAGAAUACAACGGGAAAUACGCGCGUGUGGUACGAAAAUUCGAACGCUGGCUUAGCAAAAGCCAAGGCAUCUUAGCAUCCCGAGAAGAUGACGACACCGUUGGAAAUGAGGAAUUCGUCUUCUUGGAGGCACUGGAACAUUCCUGGAAAGACGAAUGUAUGACUCUGACGAGGAAGUUGGACACCUGGAAGCUGCAUUUGAGGGAUUUGAGGGAGUUGGAAAAGGGGUCGAGUUUGGCUACCGUUGUGGAGGAGUAUAGGAAAUUGGUUCAAGGUAUGUUGUUGGAAUUAGGUGUUAUGGGGGAGAUUGAGAGGGAUGUGAUGGUGAGGGAGAGUGAUUGGAUUAAGGAGAUGAAUGACGAUGAUGAUGAAGGAGGGGAUGUGCAAACUGCCGGGGCUUGUUGGAGAGCUUCAAGAUAG